AUGGAAGUGACUAGGACCGCUUCGACCUCGCGAGGCGCCCCUCCGCAGCAGCCUCGGGCACAUGACGAUGCUGGUCACAGUAGGCCAGGAAGCGGAGGCCCACCCAACAAACGCCACAAAGCGGACGUCGUAGCGCCAUCUUCGCCAUCCAAGCCCAAGCCGCACGUGCGGCAGUACAUCGAACGGGGCAGAAUUGUAGACAAGGAUGAAGAUGCACGACGAGAGGCCUCGUUGCUUUCAUUUGCAGAAGCGCGUGCAAAAGCAUCAUCCAACUACUCCGCCCCUGAUCACGACGGCGCUGGCUUUCAGUAUCCGCCCGGAUACUCUGGCGACUCGAGCGCACGAGGCUUGCUGGAACAGAUCAAGAAUCGCAUGGAACAGCGAGCACCGACGCAGAGCAACUUCCUGCAAAAGGCGAAACAGGUACAGCAGUCUUUGCUCGAGAAGCAGCAGCGUGCGGCCGAGGGCGAUAGGCGAAGAAGAGAGGCCGAGAAAAGAGAGAGCGCGAGGAGCUUGGGCUUCGCGGACCAACCCAGAGCGCCUUCGCACAAUGUUGGUGCGAGCCAGUCGCCGGCGAGAGGCCACGCCUCAGCAUCUCAAGGAGCUUUCGCUCGAGCCAAGCAGCAAGCAGCUGAGAGCGAGAGCGAGUCGGAAGACGACGAGGAAGAGGAACACUAUGCGGGCGAUCCGGAAAGAGACGAAGACCUGGCCCUGGUCGAGACGCUAAAGCGGGGACCUCGUCCGCUUCCUCCCAACCCAGACGAUCCCAAAUGGGAACACAUGGAGCCUUACUCUGGCCACCGGCUGCGACACCGCCAGAUCCCUCACUCGCAGCUCAAAGAGCACCUCCGCCAUCGCUACCACAUCCCACCAUCUCUGCUCUACUCGGUAGCACGUCCCUGGCCCAUGCGUGCGGAUGGACGUGCUGUCAACACGUUCAUCCAUGGCGACUACGAAGUGCCUAUCGAUGGCGACUGGAUCGUCAUUGCGACGAUUGUGGAGAAGAGCGAUCUCCUCGUGUCAAAAGGCUUCACAAUGAAUGCAGGUGACGGAAACGACCCUUCAUCGAAGGGUCCGACUUCUUCCGCUGCAGACGACGACCCGCUGCUGUUCAAAGACGCUGGCUCGGAUGCGAAUGGCAAGCUUCGCCUGGACCUUGAGCCGGGCAACUCGGACGCCUUCGCCGACGCCUCUGCCAAGAAAUCCAAGCCCUGGCAACGUCGCAAGGCCGGCGACGUAGAGCUCGACGAUGAGUACGAAAGCAGGGUUGCGAACGCCAACCUCGUCAACCGCUCUCGCAAAUUUGUCGUCCUCAAGCUCGUCGAUCUCGGCGUAAACAGCACCCAGGGCGAUGGCACCGGUGCUGCUGGACGAGGAGACAACUAUCUCUCCCUCGUCGCCUACGAAGCCGACUCGAUCGACACCUCCGUCGUGCACCACAACACCAACAUCCGGUCCGAGGUGACGGCGGCCAUCAGCGCCACCGCCGCCGGAACCAAGAAGUGGAUCAACGGCUCGAAAGGCGCGUUCGAGCUGCUAUACAAGCAGGCCGAGGGCACGCUGGUGGCCAUCAUGAAUCCCAAGGUGAUGCGUCCCUAUGCUCCACGCGGCAAGGGGCGCGAUACGGAGAGCAAGAUGUUCCGCAUCACGCCUAGAUGUGCCGAGGACUGCUUGAUCAUCGGCCAAGCGGCGGACUACCGUCGCUGCUCGGCGACUAAGGCCAACGGCGAGCGAUGUGGCAGCUUUGUCGACAUCAAAGCGCGAAAGCAGACGGGCACCUCGACGUGCGACUUCCACCUCAGCCGCCAUAUGGAUUCGCUCGCGAGAGGAAGGCCCGAGUUUGCUGCCAACUCGACGUCGAGGUUUGGCAAUGCGAAUGGCGCGCCUGGGUCCGGGGUUGGGCCUGCUGCGUCCAACUCCUUCUCUGGCCGCAGAGGCGGCGGGCACGCAGGAGACCACGACUCAGCGAUAAACAAGCUCUCCAGCAAGGACGAGAAGCACGCCAGCAAUCCCUUCUCGCGAGCUGCGUUGGCGAAGAAGCUCAAUUCGUCCUUCGACAACGUUGGCGAUGGGAUGGACAACAACGGCGGCAAGGUGUAUGUCUCCCAGUCGCCGCUCGUUUCGGCGUUGGAUGCGGACGAGGAGGUGCGUGCAUCGGAUCCGUCCAGCUGGAAGUACGACAUCAGUGGACGAUACGGCCGAGGUAAUACCGAGAAGCAAGGCAGACUCAAGAAGCAGAUCGAAGAGGAGCAGCUCAUGCGAAAGAUCGAGGCUCGCUUUGCUCCACCACCUGCUCGGCCGGCAAAAAGCCAGAGGGAUGAUGCUGACGGAGACAGCGGGAACGAACAUGACGGGCCAUCAAAGAAGAAGAAGCCACACGAACCGAAAGAAUUGGCAGUCCUACCGAACGGUACGGCCGACAUGAUCAACGCGGCCUACUCGACCAUAGACAAGCGGAAGCAGGUAGCGCAGCAAAAAGCAGCAGCGAUCAACGCCAAAAAGCGCAAGUACACAGGUGUUGUCGAUACCUCACCUGCAACGAGCGAGUCGGACUCGUCCAAGCUCAAGUUCAUGAACCUCGCCAGCACCUCUGCCAAACGAGCCAACACCCUGCUCGCCGGUCUGCCCAUCGCUGGUCUCACCAGGCACUCUGCGGACGCGGACACGGCCAACAAGAGCAGCAGCGACUCGCGAAGCAAGCUCCUCUCUCUGGCACAGAACGCUUCAGCCUCGAGCGCGUCCAGCUCAGAGCCUAGCUUAAAGCUCAAGAGGUCGCAUCGGCCCAAGCUGCGUCUGCCAACGGACGAGGUUGGGCGGGUGUCCAAGCUCAAGGUGCUCAGUGGCGAGCUGGUCAAUUUGGACGAUUUUGAGGAUGAUGAUUGGGAGGACGAUCUUGGCGAUCUCAAGGUCCCAUCUGCCAAGACAAGCGAGGAGACCGAGGCGUCAGGGUCACUGACGGACAAGAUCAUGCAGCUCCGUUCGCAGCCACAUGCCGAGGAGGACGAUUCAGACCUCGAGAUCAUUUGA